UGCUUCCGCCCUUACUGAAGCCGAGCAGGUAGGACCCGUGACGUCACUUCCGCCCACUCACCUGGCAGUUCCCUGUCUGUCUUUAUUCAUCUCAUUCGGCAGCAGAAUCCGUGAUGUCUUCCAGCCGUCAGAUCCGGGAGUUCCCCUCGCCGGCAGAGCUCGCGCUCUCUCUGUCACAGCUCCUGGUCCACGAAUCCCGGGGCAAGAGUACCUUCCGCCUGGGACUGUCCGGAGGGAGCCUGGUACAGCUGCUCAGCCGGGAACUGCCCAAAACAGCCGGGCUCAGUACUGAGGGCUGGAAGGUGGCCAUGUGUGACGAGAGGCUCGUUCCCUUCACGGAUCCUGAGAGCACGUAUGGAGAGUAUCUGCGUCAGCUUGUUCCGUGUGGAAUCCUUUCAGAGUCUCAGUUCCUCACCAUCGACCCGUCUCUGUCCGUGGAAGAUGCCGCAGCCGAUUAUACCAAGAAGCUGCGAGAGAUCUUUCCAGGCAAUGACCUUCCAGCCUUUGACAUGCUGAUUUUAGGACUGGGCCCCGAUGGUCACACGGCAUCUCUGUUUCCAGGACACCCAUUGUUACAAGUAACAGACCAGAUUGUGGCUCCGAUCCUCGACUCCCCCAAACCUCCUCCGCAGAGAAUCACCCUCACCCUCCCCGUCAUCAACGCUGCCAAGACCGUGGUGUUUGUUGCCACUGGAGAGAGCAAAGCCGCCGUCCUGAAACGCAUCCUUCAGGAGGAAGAGUCCGAUCCGUUGCCGGCCGCCCGGGUCUCCCCAGCGAACGGCAAGCUCCUUUGGUUCCUCGACGAGCCUGCCGCCCGGAACCUAACGUGCCCCGUGGAGAAGCACUCGGUCCUGUAGCGCGGCACUUAAGAGCUCCAUCGUCCGGAGCGGGUUCAGAACCAGAGUCCGGAUCUCCCCACACUUCACCCCUGGUGCCUCCAGGGCCAUAGGCAGAAGCAGAGAGCCGGACAGAGCAGAGCUACAGGUCAAAGUCAAGGCGAGACGAGCAAAGGUCAGCCAGCGUCACACAAUACAAACACGAAACAAGUGACUGCACUCGGCAUAUCGAUGGACACGGGUGCAGUGACUUCCUGGACCAAAGAGCUAACGCCACGGAUGCAUAGACUCAACCACCCAAAGCCACCAAAGCUAGAACUGGGAUCGGCACCAAAAAACGAAAUCAAGAGGACCACAGAAGUAGAGAUGUAUGUAGCCAGAGACGAAGCCACAGGACCAUCACCAGAGCCUCAGACUUUUUUUCUUUCCUCCAACCAGAAGACCACGCCACGAGCAGAACAUGUAGCUUGAAGAUCUGCCCUGCGUCCUCGCCAUCCAUCUUCUUGACUCUGCCCGCUGUACCCUUAACGAUCUGUCCCCCUCUCACAUCUGCCUCCUGCUAGGAUCUGCUCCUCGCCGCCCCCGAGGAGCCACAACUUCCAGAAGAGAUUUGCACAUUGAAAACAAUAUCACAAUGGCUACACCGAUAAUAAAAUGCCAAUUCGUUGA